AUAAUGCAAAGUCUUAUCUACUUACCAUAUGAGGUAAGUUUCUGAAUUUCACAAGAACUGGAAAAAAGCCUUAAAAAAUCAAGUUUUGUGUGAAAGGUACCACAAAAUUGUUUUUCGUCGAAGCAGACACUUUGAGCAUAAGAAUCGUCUUCAAGAUUAUUUUCUUUUCCCAUCAAGAUGAGCUUUAUUUCUGUGUCUCCCCUGACACUGCUCUUGGGUGCAGCCAUCAUGGUUCUAGGUUCGAUCAUCCUCCUAGUCCGACUCCGAGCUGGAAAGAGCCCUAAAAAGGGCACGCCUCUAAAGACUCUACCGGGUCCCAAGGGCUUGCCCCUGUUAGGUUCGUCUCAUGUUGUGGGUCGGUUCAAGAACCCAUGGGACGCUUUUUCAGGUUGGCGAAAACAAUUUGGUGACAUUUAUGGAAUGACAUUGGGUUCCCGUCGAUGCGUCGUCAUCAGUAACAUGUCUCUCAUUAAAGAAGUACUUGUCGCCAAAGGACAAGAAUUCGCCAAUCGUCCUGAUUUUCUCAGAUUCCAUGCAAUUUUUCGGGGUGACAGAAAUUUGUCAAUUGCAUUAUGUGACUGGUCUGAUAAACAGAAAACUCGACGGGAGAUGGCAUUCCCUUUUAUGCAUCCCAGAGUUGCAACGCUUGAUGGAAACCGCAUGAACAACAUCAUCAUGUACGAGCUUCAGGAACUCGUGUCAGCUCUAUCUAAAGUACAGAAUCAAAAACUAUCAGCUAGGUCCUAUCUCCUCUUCACCACGGCUAAUAUCUUCUACCAGUACAUCUGCAGCAAACGCUUCAGCGAUCAGGACACCAACUUCUUGAAACUCAUUCAGAUCUACGACCUGGUCUUCCGCGAACUCUUCAAAGGCUUUGCCAUUGACUUCAUGCCCUGGCUCAAAGUGUUCAACAGCUCUCGUCUCCAAGAACUGAAAGACCUGGCUCAAAACGUCUCAAAUGUCACAGAAGUUGUCGUCAAGGAACACGAGGUAAACAUCGACCACAACAAGCCUAGGGAUUUGGUUGACAUUUAUUUGAGCUAUUUGAAAGACAACGAAGGAAAGAGUGAAUCAUCUUUGACGUACGAAGAUGUUGAAGUAAUCAUAGAAGAUCUGAUUGGUGGACACUCUGUCUUGGGUAAUUUGUGGCUGUGGGGAUUGUAUUUGCUAGCCUCCAACCCAAAAGUAAGAGCCAACAUUAGAGAAGAAGUCACCAGAGUAACUGGUAAUAUGAGAGCUCCAAGCAUGGAAGACAGGAAGAACAUGCCCUACACGGAGGCAACUACCUUUGAACUUUUGAGAGUUAUAGCUUCUCCAAUUAUACCUCAUGUGGCAACAACAGACACCGAUAUUAACGGAUACCAUGUUGCAAAAGACACAAUGGUUAUGUUCAACACAUAUGACAUGAACAUGGAUCCUAAAUUAUGGAGUGAACCUAGACAAUUCAAACCAGAAAGGUUUAUUACUAGCUCUGGAAACGUAUCGAAACCUGAUUAUUUCAUCCCCUUCGGGACAGGCAAGAGAACGUGCCUUGGUGAUGGCCUAGUCAAGUCCACCCUCUUCCUCGGCCUGUCCACUCUGAUUCAAAACUUCGACAUCACACUCCCGGAGGGCUUUCCAGAAGCUAAUUUGUACGAAAUACCUGCAAUUGUUGUACCAAACAGCGAUAUUUUUGUUGUCUUUAGGCAACUGACACAACAGGAGACAGAUCACAUGACAGCGAUUAGCAUAGCAUAGAAUAAGGAAGCACUUGCGCAACUCAACUCAACAACAAAAAGGAUCGUUUAAGUGCCUUAGACUUGUUGAACUUAUUCCUAUUCAUCCUACUUGACCAGUAUUUGUAGUCCUUUUCAUAUUAUUUUUUCGUCCUCAGUGAGAACAGGAUCAGGAUUGUUAAUCUAAGCUCAACUCUACUGACGUAUUCAAACAUAAAAUUCUAUUUCUUUUUAAUCCAAAAUUCAUAUUUUAUAUCAAUAUUAUUAAAUCAAAAUAAUAAUAAUAAUAAAAUGUAUAUUAUAAAAAAUUGAAAAUUCUAAAUAUAUAUUUCAGAAAAUUGAAGACUCGAAAUAUAUGUUUCCAUAAUAUUGAAAAUUCUAAAUAUAUAUUUUCAGAAAAUUGAAUGUUCUAAAUAUGUUUCCAUAAUAUUGUAAAUUCUAAAUAUAUAUUUCCAAAGAAAUGAACAUUGAAUAUAAAUUUUGAUGAAAAGAAGUAAAUCCUCUAUAGUUUAGCGAGGAAGAUAAACUGUUCUUGAUUUUAAACAAGCAACCCAUUAGCUAUGUUUCUUUACAUAAAUAACUAAAUUUGCACAGUAUUUUAAACGAAGUUUGAAUAAAUGUAAUCCUGAUCCUGAAAACGAAAUCAUAAAUACUUUUAAUUAGAUUAAACUGUUAUUUUUGUAAAAAAUU